UCUCCGGCGGAGGCAGGGUGUCGCCUGACCGGAUGAUGACAGAAGUUUUCGGUGUAAUGUGGCUACUUUUUAUCAUGCAAUCAACCAGUUUGCACUCCCACCAAUGCUCUGACCACAGUCGGGACUCCUUGGUGUAAACUGCCUUUGCUUUUAACAUAACACACUCACAGAGACUCUGACAGGCUGUGCCGCCAUCUGGGAACUUUUGGUUUUCUGGGAGAGCGACCCCCUGGCUCUUAUUUGACCGGACAGUAGAGUAGAUUAGAGCCCGCUGGGCUGACCGAGGUGUUGCAAUGGGAAACCGGGGAAUGGAGGACCUCAUUCCCCUCAUCAACAAGCUCCAGGACGCUUUCAGCUCCAUCGGACAGACCUGCAACUUGGAUCUGCCGCAGAUAGCGGUUGUCGGCGGCCAGAGCGCAGGGAAGAGCUCCGUGCUGGAGAAUUUCGUCGGGAGGGACUUUUUACCCAGAGGAUCUGGCAUCGUCACCCGCCGUCCUCUCAUCCUCCAGCUGGUGAACAAUAAAGCAGAAUAUGCCGAGUUCCUUCACUGUAAGGGACGUAAGUUUGUGGACUUUGAGGAGGUCCGUCAGGAGAUUGAAGCAGAGACUGAUCGCCUCACCGGCUCCAACAAGGGCAUCUCCCCCAUCCCCAUCAACCUCCGCGUCUACUCCCCUAACGUGCUGAACCUGACCCUGAUCGACCUGCCUGGCAUGACCAAAGUGGCUGUAGGAGACCAACCCCCUGACAUCGAGCACCAGAUCAGGGACAUGCUGUUGCAGUUCAUCACCAAGGAGAGCUGUCUGGUCCUGGCUGUCACCCCGGGCAACACUGACCUGGCCAACUCCGAUGCCCUCAAGAUCGCCAAGGAGGUGGACCCUCAGGGACUGCGGACCAUCGGUGUGAUCACAAAACUGGACCUAAUGGAUGAGGGGACAGACGCGCGAGACAUCCUGGAAAACAAACUGCUGCCACUCCGCAGAGGGUACAUCGGGGUGGUGAACCGCAGUCAGAAAGACAUCGAUGGGAAGAAAGACAUCCGCGCUGCUCUGGCUGCUGAGAGGAAGUUCUUCCUGUCUCACCCUGCAUACAGACACAUGGCAGAACGUAUGGGCACGCCACACCUGCAGAAGAUGCUCAAUCAGCAACUUACCAACCACAUCCGAGACACGUUGCCUGGGUUACGCAGUAAGCUGCAGAGCCAGCUGUUAUCACUGGAGAAGGAGGUGGAGGAAUACAAGAACUUCCGGCCUGACGACCCCACGCGCAAAACCAAGGCUUUACUUCAGAUGGUGCAACAGUUUGGCGUGGACUUUGAGAAGUGCAUUGAAGGCUCUGGGGAUCAAGUGGACACCUCCAACUUGUCUGGUGGAGCGAAGAUAAACCGCAUAUUUCAUGAGCGCUUUCCGUUCGAGCUGGUGAAGAUGGAAUUUGAUGAGAAGGAGCUGAGGAAAGAGAUCAGUUAUGCCAUCAAAAACAUCCAUGGAGUCAGGACAGGCCUGUUCACCCCUGACUUGGCGUUUGAGGCCAUAGUGAAAAAGCAGAUCAUUAAGCUGAAAGACCCAUGUCUGAAAUGUGUCGACCUCGUCGUCACCGAGCUUGUCGCCGUGAUCAGGAAGUGCACUGAAAAGCUGGGAUCAUAUCCUCGACUGAGGGAAGAGACCGAGAGAAUCGUCACCACCCACGUCAGAGAGCGAGACAGCAAGACCAAAGACCAGGUGCUGUUGUUAAUAGACAUUGAGCUUUCCUACAUCAACACUAACCACGAAGACUUCAUUGGAUUUGCCAAUGCCCAGCAAAGAACUGCUGCUAAUGCCACCAAGAAGAGAGUCAUGCCCAAUCAGGUGAUCCGCAGAGGCUGGCUCACUAUAAACAUCAGUAUCAUGAAGGGAGGAUCCAAGGACUACUGGUUCGUCCUGACUGCGGAGUCUCUCUCCUGGUACAAAGAUGAGGAGGAGAAAGAGAAGAAGUACAUGCUGCCUCUGGACAACCUGAAGCUGAGGGAUGUGGAGAAGGGUUUCAUGUCCAGCAAACAUGUGUUUGCCAUCUUCAAUACUGAGCAGAGGAAUGUGUAUAAAGACCUGCGACAGAUUGAGUUGGCAUGUGACACUCAGGAGGAUGUCGACAGCUGGAAGGCUUCGUUCCUCAGAGCUGGUGUUUACCCAGAGAAAGACCAGCCUGAGAACGAAGAUACGAUGAAUCCAGGAGACACCGUGUCCAUGGACCCGCAGCUCGAACGUCAGGUGGAGACCAUCCGCAACCUUGUGGACUCGUACAUCAGUAUCGUCAACAAGUCCAUCAGAGACCUCAUGCCUAAGACCAUCAUGCACCUCAUGAUCAACAGCGCAAAGGACUUCAUCCACUCUGAGCUGCUGGCCUACCUGUACUCUGCUGGGGACCAGGGCAGUCUGAUGGAGGAGUCGGCAGAACAGGCUCAGAGGCGAGAUGAGAUGCUGAGGAUGUAUCACGCUCUGAAAGAGGCCCUGGUCCUCAUAGGAGACAUAAGCACCACUACUGUUUCUACCCCAGUGCCUCCACCAGUAGAUGAUAGCUGGAUUCCCAAGGAGUCAAGUCCUCCUCCGGCGUCCCGCACUGCCUCAGCAACAGCGCCCCCUCCCAGCCGACCGCCAGCAGUGAGGGGUCCCAACCCUGGUCCUCCAGCCCCCCUCAACCCCUCACCGGCAUUCGGAGCACCACCCGUGCCGUCCCGACCUGGCCCCGGCCAAGCUGCCUAUGCAGGCGAUCCCAACACUGGCGCUGUGCCUCUUGUCCCCUCCAGGCCGGCCCGCGUGCCUCCUGCGCUGCCGCCCGGGAUUCCCAGCAGAAGACCCCCGGCUGCUCCCAACCGACCCACUGUCAUACGUCCUUCAGAGCCCUCCCUGCUUGACUAGAAACACACACACACACACACACACACACACUAAAACAUCUUUCUUUUUGUUUACACUUUCCAAUUUCUCUUGAGCAGAGAUAGUCAUGCUUUUUUCAUGUAUAUUCCUAUAACUACCAACUUUGUCCUAUUGUCAUCUGUAAUCUGAUGCUGUUUCAGUCUGUGCAUUUCAGAAACAUUAUGUAUGAAAUUUUGACUUUAUGUGUAGGUAGCUUUUUUAAGUAUUUGAUGAAAUAUUCUGUAUUCGGCUCAAUGAAAAGGGAUACAUUUGAUGAAUUUUUCGACUGAAAGGUUAUGAACCCGAAAGUCAUCUUGAAUUUAAUUGAAUUGAAUCUUGAGUUUCAUUUGAAAUGAAAUGUGUCUUAAAACAACAUGAUUCAUAACUUUUAUAUAAUGGCCGAGAAAACACUUUUAGAAGUAACCGUUUUGUGAGUUGUAUACCUGCUAACUAUUGUCAGAAAUCUUACACACUAAGCACCUCGUUAAGUAAGCAGCACUUUUUUGAUAGCAUUUUUUCCUCAUCGUUUCACAUGUUCAAAGUCUGCCUUCAAAAGUGCUUAUUGAAAUUAGACUGGCCAAUGGAAUUGGUCUGCUUUAUUAUUUUUGGCUAAUUGCUUUAGUUUAAUUGAGGUAAGAAUGAUUUCCCACCACUGCUCAUCCUUGAUGAAAUUUAUAUAUAAGUGCCUUGAGCAAACAUUUUUUUAUAAUUACUUAAUAUCACCUUAAAAAGCCAUAAUGAAAACCGAUGAUCAUGUAAGAAAAAUGGCCUGUCUUUCAGAUGAGUGAUGGACUGAAUAAAAAAGAGAGGAU